AUGCUGAAGCAUUCUUCGAAACUCGUCGGCGCGGCUACUCAAGUCUCCAGGGGCCUCUCCACAUCAUGCAAGCGUGAUGCGAAAGUGGCCGUUAUGGGUGCCAGUGGAGGAAUCGGCCAACCGUUGUCCCUUCUUCUGAAGCAAUGCCCUCUCAUCACACAAUUGAACUUGUAUGAUAUCGUCCACACACCCGGAGUUGCUUCCGAUCUAAGCCAUAUGGACACCAAGGCCACUGUGAAAGGAUUUAAGGGCGCUUCAGAACUCGAGGCUUCUGUUGCUGGUUGCGACAUUGUGAUUAUUCCCGCCGGGGUGCCAAGGAAGCCUGGAAUGACGCGGGAUGAUCUUUUCAAUACGAAUGCCUCGAUUGUUCGUGAUCUUGCUCUGGCCUGUGCGAGGAAAUGCCCACAAGCCCUGAUUGGAAUCAUUUCCAAUCCAGUGAAUAGUACUGUGCCGAUUGCAUCGGAAGUAUUGAAGAAAGCCGGUGUUUACGACCCGAAACGAGUUUUCGGUAUUACAACGCUCGAUAUCGUUCGAGCAAAUGCUUUUGUCGCUGAAUUGAAAGGUCUUGACCCGCAAGACGUUAAUGUUCCGGUUAUUGGUGGCCACGCUGGCAUUACCAUCAUUCCCUUGCUUUCACAAGCCACACCCAAGGUGUCUUUCCCCGAGGAUCAACUGAAGGCCCUCACUGGUCGAAUUCAGGAAGCCGGAACUGAGGUGGUGAAGGCAAAGGAUGGCGCCGGUUCGGCGACUCUUUCGAUGGCGUACGCUGGAGCACGGUUUGCGAUUUCUCUCGUGAAGGCACUCAGAGGCGAACAAGGAGUUGUUGAAUGCGCAUACGUCAAAUCUGAUGUUACUGAUGCCCCGUAUUUCUCUACUCCUCUUCUCCUUGGUAAAAAUGGAAUUGAGAAAAACCUUGGACUGGGGAAACUCUCCGCUUAUGAAGAGGAACUGUUGGCCAAGUCAAUCCCAGAACUGAAGAAAAGCGCAGAAAAGGGCGUGAACUUCGUGAACAAGUCCCUGAAGUUUGUCGAUCAGUUUGUUUUGAUUUCCCGCCGCAAAAUGACGGAAUCAAAAUCAAUGACUGCGGAUGAAAUCCGGAAAGCAUUUUUGGAUUACUUUAAAAAUGUCCGGAAACAUACUUAUGUUCACUCCUCAUCCACGAUUCCUUUGGACGAUCCUACGUUGCUAUUUGCCAAUGCCGGGAUGAAUCAGUUCAAACCGAUUUUCCUUGGAACGGCUGAUCCUGGAAGUGAUAUGGCGAAGUGGAUUCGAACGUGUAAUACCCAGAAGUGCAUCCGUGCUGGAGGAAAACACAAUGAUCUGGAUGAUGUCGGGAAAGACGUGUAUCAUCACACGUUUUUCGAAAUGCUCGGGAACUGGUCUUUCGGUGAUUACUUCAAGAAAGAAAUUUGCGCCUGGGCGUGGGAGUUGCUCACUGACGUCUUCAAGCUUCCAAAAGAUAGGCUUUACGUUACAUACUUCGGAGGUCAUCCAGCUCUCGGUCUCGAACCUGACAACGAAUGUCGUCAGAUUUGGCUUGAUUUAGGGCUAAGUGAAGACCGAAUACUUCCAUUUGGAAUGAAGGAUAACUUUUGGGAAAUGGGAGAAACUGGACCUUGUGGCCCGUGUUCCGAGAUACAUUUCGAUCGAAUCGGAGGAAGAAAUGCCGCUCAUCUAGUGAAUCUGGAUGAUCCAGACGUGCUCGAAGUUUGGAAUCUGGUCUUCAUUCAGUUCAAUCGAGAAUCCGCUACUGAGCUGAAAUUAUUGCCGAAGAAGCACAUUGACUGUGGACUCGGGUUUGAGCGACUUGUGUCGGUUCUGCAAGGAAAGCGUUCCAAUUACGAUACUGACGUGUUUAUGCCGAUUUUUGAUGCUAUUGAAAAGGCUACCGGGUGUCGAAAGUAUUCGGGGAGAGUCGGAGAAGAGGAUGACGAUGGCGUGGACAUGGCGUACAGGGUGGUGGCAGAUCACGCAAGAACAUUGACCAUUGCUUUGGCUGAUGGAGGUCGACCGGAUUCCACCGGAAGAGGAUAUGUUUUGAGGAGAAUUCUGCGUCGUGCCGUGCGAUUCGCCUCGGAAAUUCUGAAAGCGAAACCUGGAACAUUCUCUACGUUGGUUCCUGUUGUUGUGGACCUGCUGGGUGAAACCUUUCCUGAGUUGAAGAAAGAUCCCGACACGACCAUGGAAAUCAUCAACGAAGAAGAGGAGCAGUUCCUCAAGACCCUGUCCCGCGGUCAGCGUUUGCUGGCCCAAACCAUCUCCAAACUCGGCUCCAACAAAGUCCUGCCCGGGGAAGUCGCCUGGAAACUUUACGACACCUACGGCUUUCCCCUGGAUCUCACUCAACUCAUGGCUGAAGAGCACGGUCUACGAGUCGACGACGUUACGUACGAGAAUUGCAAGAAGCAAGCUCAGUUGGCGUCUCAGGCCAAAGGUCCCGGCGGAACCGACUUGGUGUCCCUGGACGUGCACGCCAUUGCCAAGCUGAAGGACAUGGGUGUCCAAGUGACUGACGACUCUGCCAAGUAUGCCUACAAGGCCACUUCGGAGUCCCCAGACGCUGAGUACGAGUUUGAUACGAUCGACGGGACAGUUGUUGCGAUUCGUCUAGGCAAGGACUUCGUUGAAUCAGUCUCGGAAGCUGACGGAAUGUUUGGCAUCGUGCUGGACAAGACUGCUUUCUAUUCGGAAGCCGGAGGACAGAUCUUCGACACUGGCUACAUGGUCAAAGUGGGCGAUGAUGAGACGGAGUUUUGCGUGGAGAAUGUGCAGAUGCGAGGCGGGUAUGCGUUGCACAUUGGGAAAUUGGCGGGAAGCAGCAAGGUGUGCGUGGGAGAUAAGUUGCAGUUAUUUUUGGAUGGGCAGAGGCGGAAGUUGGUGAUGAAUAAUCACACUGGAACUCACGUCUUGAAUUUCGCCUUGAGGAAAGUCCUGGGAACUGAAGCGGAUCAACGAGGCUCACUCGUUGCUCCCGAUCGACUGCGUUUUGAUUUCACCAACAAAGGUGCGAUGAGUGUGAAGCAAGUCGAGGACGCUGAGAAGGCAGCGCAGGAGGUGGUGCAAAAGAAUGAAGCGGUUUUUGCGAAAGAAGCUGCUCUUCCUAUUGCCAAGAGCAUCCAGGGACUAAGGGCCGUUUUCGACGAAACGUAUCCGGAUCCAGUUAGAAUCGUGUCAAUCGGUGUUCCUGUGGAAACCUUGGUCGAGGAUCCCGCGGGUCCAGCUGGGGCAAACACGUCGAUCGAGUUUUGCGGUGGAACACAUCUUCUACGAGCUGGACACAUUGGCGCAUUUGUGAUUGCCAGUGAGGAAGCGAUUGCUAAAGGAAUCCGUCGUGUCAUUGGACUGACUGGUCCUGCUGCAGUCCGAGCCUUGAAAGACGCUGAACGCGUUCAAAAGGAAGUCGAUGCCCUGGCGAAAUCCGUGUCGUCGUCAUCGGAAAAUCUGGACCCGGACGCGUUGACGAAAUCCAUCAACGCUCUGAACGAGGAAAUCUCUCAGAAAACGUUGCCCUAUUGGCGCAAAGACGCUAUGCGAAACCAGCUGCAAUCCCUCAAGAAGAUAUUGAUCGACGUGGACAAAGCCCGAAAGAACCAGAUUGCCAAUGAUAUGGUCGAAGAGACGAAGGCGUAUUUUGCUGCGAAUUCGGGAAAACCUUUUUGGGUCCACGGGUUUGCGUCUGGUUCUGCGAAGGCGUUGGAUGGGGUAUUGAAGCAAGUGAAGGCGUUGUCACCUGACACUGCUGCAAUGGUUUUCAGCGCUGAUGACUUGGCUGACAAGAUUCUCUGUCUGGCGAUUGUACCAGGGGAUACUGUCGAAAAGGGCUUGAAGGCGAACGAAUGGAUCAACCAGGUCACUCCAGUCAUUAACGGCAAAGGAGGUGGAAAGAGUGAGUCUGCCCAGGCUACAGGAAAGAACGUUAAUUGUCCACAGGUCAAGGUGUCUGCAUGUGGGGGUCUCACUUUAGCCAAAACUUUUCCCGAACUUCCGCUUGCUUACCUAGUUGGUCCAGUGAGACGGGUCCGAUGUCCUUUCUUGCAAUCCAAGCUCGACGAAGCUCUAACAAUCGCCACUUCGUAUGCCAGCAAAUUCCUGGGUUCCGGCGAUGCAGGUUUGCGGAUUUUUGCCCAAUCGCCUCUGCCUUGGGAACUCGAUACUCUCAACUCUGUAGCGAUUCUUUCCAAUCUUCCUUUCAAACUCGAAACCGGGUCUAAACCCGGGGUCAGUGUGGAGACACUCACGGGGCAAUCGGUGCACGGAUUCCUCGCGAGCUGUUUUCUGCUUGCUUCCGAGGAUUUGUUGUGUCGUGGAAACGGUGCCGGUGUGCUUCAAUGGUGCUUCUUUGGUGUCGGCGAUUUGAGGGAUUGUUUGACGGACUCUGUUUCUGUGGCACGGGUCUUGAAAUGUCUUGACGUAGCUUUGGGUUGUUCGGAAUUUCUCGCUGGGGACUGCUUGUCGCUUGGGGAUCUCGUCUGUUUCUUCGUCUUGGAACACGGCUCC